AACAAAAUUGCAGCAAAAUUUCAACCACCACAAAUCAAAUUCACAUUUACAGACAAAUUGUAAAUCCCACAUUUCCAGACAACGAAAUACACAAUCAAUAAUAGUAAUAGUUUCGUCUCGUAUGGAUGGAGAUGACGCAUUCAUAGUGUGAUUCAAUUCAGGAACUAUUAUCAUGGAAGGAAUGAGCGGAGGAUCUCCCGCGCCGGUGGAGCGUGAGGAAAACUCCACGCAAAAGCAAAAUCUCCGUUCAGGGGUAAAACGAGCCUAAAAUGACUUGCGAGCCAGAGAAGGAGUCUAUGGACAUCGACAGUGCGGGAGAAAGCAAAGAGAUUCCAUGUGAGGUUGUCAGAAAUGGUCUUAAUCUCUAUCCAGUCUUUGCUAAUGAUUCUGGUGAAGGCCUUCCAUAUGCACCUCAAGAUUGGCCUAAUCCCGGUGAUAACUGGCGCUGGAAAGUUGGGAAAAGAAUUUCUGUUUCAGGAUACUUUCGAGAUAGAUAUAUUUAUGUUCCCAGCAGGUUCCGCAAGAUGGGAGAUAGUAAAGGCUUCAAGAGCAGGCUCUCACUUGAACACUAUAUUCGAGAAAAAUUCCCUUGUGCAGAUGUUGAUACUUUCUUUGCCUCUUUCAGCUGGGUAAUCCCUUCUAAACUAACCAAGAAAGAUGCAGAUGACCGAGAAAUGCUCAGGCUCCUGCCGGAGCCAGCAAAAGAUCUAGAAUCUGAUGGCGUUGCGCGUUGUAAAGCUGGUAAUAGAUUUUGCAGCAGCUUAGCUGCACGAGAGGAGUCUGGUUCACAAAUCAUGUUAUGUGAUAUUUGCUGUGGUGAAGCUGGUUUCUGCAGAGAUUGUUGUUGUAUAUUAUGUUCUCAAACUAUCGACAAAGCUUCUGAAGAUUACAAUUCCAUUAUAUGUGAAGCUGAUAUUGAGGGCGGUACUUGUGGACAUAGUUGUCACAUUGACUGUGCUCUACGAGCUUACAUGGCUGGGACAGUUGGAGGGAGUAUAGGUUUGGAUGCAGAGUAUUUUUGCCGUCGCUGUGAUUCAAGAACCGAUCUAGUUCCACAUGUUACCAGACUAAUAAAUGAUUGGAAAUCAAAUGGCUCGCAGGAUGAUAUUGAGAAGAUUUUGAAUGUUGGCAUCCUUGUGCUGCGUGGGUCAAAUAGAACAAGCGCAAUGCAGCUGAUGCAUCGUUUUCAGUUAGCCAUGUCAAAGCUUAAGAAUGGCAAUUAUCUGGAGGAUAUUUGGAAGAUGGAUCCUGUCUGUAAAGAUACUUCUGGAAAGAUCGCCUGCUUCGGAGUUGAUCUUCUUCACAAGACCGAUUGCUGGAGUCCUUAAUAUUCCCCAGCAACCGUGGUUGCAACUUCAUUAAGUGGGAUUUGACACAGGUUUGAAAACGAAAUUGAUCUCAUUCUGGACGCUAAGAAAGUCGCAAGAGAUUUCAGUACAGACUUGCUGGAAAGGCUCUCAGCUCAGGAGGACUAUAUCAUAAUCUCUACGAACAGCUUCACAGACAGAAGGACUUAUUGCUUGAUGCAGUCUUAAGCAGAGUUUCUCAGGUGAAGCGGGAAGUGUCCGACUCAAGGACUUGGGCAGAGUUUCAAGGGAUUCAGUAGGGUUCCUAAACAUAUCCUUUUGGACAAUUCAGUCUAGAUCUUGAGCAUUGGCAAAGCUUUAGCUAGCUUCCUGUAGGGAAUUCACAGGAAACCAGGAAUGCUUUAUACCACAAUGUUCUAAAUGCUGGAGAAAUGUUUUCUUGCAAAAUGUUUGUGUAUGUGAUAUGAUGAAUGUGUGUCUGUGGCUCAAAGUUUUGGUGUUCCUUUAGUAGUUCGUGAAUUGAUUUCAUUUCAACUUCAUAUUGAAUAAUCCCUCAGAUAUGAGUCUCUCUUGAUCAAAUGUAAUUGAUCUUCCUAUAUUACCUUUUA